GAGGGCGAGAAGACUCCAAGUCCCAGAACCCUUUGCGCCGCGGCGGCCUUCGUUGCUGAAGGCUACGGCGAAGGGCGUGGGACAAACUAGUCGGCAUGAGAGUCUGGCAUAUCAGUAUGCAAAGGUCAUGAAUAAAGAUGUUGAACAGAACGGGACCCAGGACAGAACCCUGCUAUGGCAUGCCACUUUUCACUUCUUUCCAGGAUGAAGAGGAAGCAUUGGGUCGCCAUAAGCAGCAGUCGGCUGAGAGCAAUAAAACGUGGCAAGAAGGUGAUGGCUUGGUCUGGCUUCAAAGGGAGGGCGAAUACCGCGAAACGCCCACGGGCUGGUUGUGUGCUGCUGCUGGACUUUUCUUUUGCCAAAGGAAGCCGUGGGGAGUUGGCGCUGCGUGCAGAUCUCCGGAGGGAGAGAGAGCACCUUCUCUUAAGAGGCUCUCUUUCGGGCGGCUUCGCCUAAGACCACGCGGAAAAGCCGGCCCCCUUUCCGGACAGCCUUUCUCUUCGGAGCGAGACCAGCACUGCCCGUCCGCGCCUUUCCUCCUCCCCACUUUCCCUGCCUUCUUGGCAAACUGGUCGGACUGGGCGAGAGAUCCCCGGAAAAGGCACUUCGCCAGGAAUACACCUGUGAAGCUGCAAUGGAACAUCAGGGCUUCUGCCCAAGUUCAGAGCUUGUUUGUGCCAAUGGCACAUGGAGAGCUCCAUAGAUAGCUCCUUAAUAUCAAGCCACAGGAACUGAGUGUGAAGUCGAGUCACCUGUGAGGCAUCUUCCAUGGAACGCCAGAGAAGAUAGUCCUAAAGGUGUCACCCUGGAAAGGAUGCUCCCAAUCCCGGAACAGUGCUGCUUCUUGUCUGCCUGUUGAAGGAAAGAGGAGCUGGCCAAUGUUGAGAAACAGCAGCAGCGGAGGCCCCAAUUGCACGGACUGCAGCCAGGAUUUUGCCGCGGACGUCAGCAAGGUGCUCCUCAUGGUGAUCUUGAUCGUGGGCAUCAUUCUUGGAAACUUCUUGAGCCUCUUAGUUUUCCUCCACAUCAAGCAAUUCAGGACUUCCCAAGGUUACCUGAAGGCCUCUUUGGCCCUGGCAGACUUGGCGGUGGGGCUCAUAGUAGUGCCUUACUCGGUUUACAGGGAGGUGAAUGGGUUGUCCUCUGGGAUGAAGCAAGAGAGCGACCAGUCUGAACAGCUGGCCUGCUUCAUCACUGGCCCCAUCUUUGCAGGCUGCACUUUUGUCUCCAUCAUCACCAUCUUUUUGCUUUCGGUGGAGAGAAGCAUAGCAGUGAUGAAGCCCUUGCAAAGGAAAGCAGUGAUCACCAAGCGCAGGACCGUUUGGUUCAUUGCUGCCUCUUGGGCCAUCGGUUUCUCCUUGGCAGUAAUACCUCUCAUUUCCACCCCUAAUAUCACCUUCCAGUACAACUCCUGCAGCAAGAUGUGCAACUAUUUCUUUCCUCCGGACAAGCUACCUCAAUCCCAUUGGAAUGUCAUGCUGCUGUACCCGGUCUUUGACUUCUCCCUUUUGACUGGCACCUUUGCUGUCAAUGCAACCACCUUUGCUGCCCUCCACCGAUACUGCAAAAUGCGGAAGCAACUAGGCGAAGAGCCUCAGAGUGGCAACCAACUCUCUUUCUCAGACAUCACAGCUGCCAAGACCAUCGGCCUCCUGACCGUUGCCUACUACAUUUCUUUCUUGCCUGUUGCUGUAUUUGUGGUGGGUUCUGUGGUGGGCUAUCUGUGGUGCCAGUUUUCUUUUUAUGCGUUCUGGAUUCUCACUUCCAAUAGCUGUUGGAACGUGGCCAUCUACAGUGUUUGGGACCCCAAGUUCCGGCAUGGGGUUCGAGAGCUGUUCAGCAAGCAGGGGCUGUUAUCUGCCUCCCAGCCCCCCAGCCACUCCUUGGAAAGGCACAGUUCUGCCCCUCCCUGCGUUGCCGUCCUGAAAGAGAUGUUCCGCCCAGAGAGAAGUUCAUGACCCUUGUGAUUUCAUCUGCUUUGUUUAGUAGUUGCUGCUGUGUUGGUGCUCUACAGCAGUCUGGUUGUUUACAUGAACAUUCUGUGCUUGUAAAUAGUUGUCCUCAUAUUCCAGCAUUGCACCUUUGUGGAGGAGUUUCUUUCUUACUUCUCUCAGUUCGCAAACUUUUCCUUGCAGAUGCUACAUUGUGAUUUCUUGAGCUUUAGAAAAACCCUACUGAGCAUACAAAUCUGUACAUAUGAGCAGAACCAAAAGUAUUUCUUCUCUGUGCAACUUGUUGGAUGGUUUUCUGCUGAUCCAAUAUCCAAACAUCACAUUACAAAAACAAAUCUCAUGUAUAGUUAGUUCUAGUCAUAAAACCAUAGUAAUGGUUAUGGUACAUCACUAUGCACCAUUUCCCCUUGCAUAUACAUGAUUGUGACCUGUCGAAUGUUACAAAUACAGCAUGGAUUUAUGUGGAUGCAUUCAGAUGUAGUGUGUAUAUGAAAGCAUGCCGGACACUGAACAAUUGAUUUUGGCAGAGUAGAUGAUAGCACUUUUCAUAAAUUUAAGUAUGCAUCUGCAUGCAACAUUUAGUUCAUAUACUGAAAUCACAGAGAUUCAGAACAAUAGGGAAGCUUAAAGAAACGAGCACACGAGAGGUUUUAAACAUCUCUACUGGGCUCACAGACCUCUACAUACAAUGAGAACUGAAAGUAUUCCUUUGCUUUACAACUUGUGAGAUAGUUCUCUGUUGCUCCAAGUCUAAGCAAUGUUUUGCAACAAUAUGUAUAGCAAACAGCUAUAAAACCAAGGUUAUGAUUAUGGUAUAUCAGUAAGCAACAUCGAACAUUUACACAAAUGUCUGAUAUGUUUGAUGCUUGAAUGCUGAUUCUUCAAAAUGGAUAUUUCCAAUUCUGACCGGUUGUGGCACAUUUGAGAGACAGUAUAGGUAAGACUACCCUUCAUCCACUUGGGAGUUUGAACCAGUAUUUGAAAUUAUGUUAAACAGUGUAAUGGUUUAUAGAUUACAAUCUCAGCCAUUGAAAAGUAAAUAUAAUGCUCAUUUUAAUGCAGUGUUGUCUUUUGCACAUUUGUCUCCAAUAUAAAAGAAUAAGGUUUUAAUUAUCCUCAUUUUCAUAUUCAGAGGUUUAAUAGAUUGGAUGGGGUUUGGGGCAACGUAUUAAUCCAUUAUAUGAAAGGAUGUUGAUAGGUUGGAAACGGUAAAAAAAUAUUAACAUGAUUGCCAGAUUCCAUUUUGUUGACAACCUUUCAUUUACACAGGUUCUCUUGCUUUAUUUGAUACUCCAUUACAACUCCAUGUUGGUGUGAACAACUGCAGUAUUUAUCGCACAAGGUCAUCUUGAUAGCCAACACUAUUCUGAAUGUAUUCAGUCUCCUUUGAUUAAACACCAUCACAAAAAGAAUUAUGGCUUUGUUUGGGUAAUCACCUUCUGUGCAUUGCCUGACUGAAGUUCAUUCAGUUUAAUUGUGACAAUGUGGGUAGCACUGAAAAUCUUUCACAACAGAAGGCCUAAGGGAAAAAUAAACCCUACUUUGUUCCAGCCAUGUUGUAAACAGGCUGGGUUCUGAGCUUCCAGAAUUUCGUAAACCUGGAAAUAACAUUGCUUUGUGCUGACUGUUGACUCACCUAUCAUUCUUCCCCAUUAUGUAAAUGUGUAAAUAAAUGGAUUUUUAUUAGAAAGCCA